AUGGAGUUCUCGCCCACCCACCCUCGCGACGCCUGGCGUCCAACACCUAUGACCAUUGCCGAAUUCCAGUCCGCCAUGACUGACGCCUGCCACAACUACUAUGGCGACACAUCUCGAAACAAGCUCUACGACAAGAUGAGAGUUCUUGCUGUCCAUUGGGAGGUGGAUGAGACCUGGGUGGAUGGCCUUCAGAUUGGCAACCAAGCCAGACGGAUUCAUGAGGUCUUUGAGCGGUCCUAUGGCUACACUGUCGAAUCUUUGUCGCUCAAGAAUCAAGACCCAGACCUAAAUGGCACAUUCUCAUUUAACCUUCGUCGGAUGCUUCAUGGACUCAAAGAAGACGACUUGGCCAUUGUCUACUACAUUGGUCACGGCGACCGAGACCCCAACGCAGCUGACGGUACCCAUCGCUUGCUUCUCACCCCAUCCGAUGUCCCAGGCCGUCCACCUCAGUGGGUCGACUUCCAGGAAGUUCGAACCCAGAUCAUCGACCCAUCCCCUGCGGAUGUCCUUAUUCUAUUAGACUGCUGCGCUGCCGCUGGGGGUGGCAUUGGACAUCGCAAGGAGCUAAUCGCAGCAUCAGCGUUUGAUAAGAAUACCCAAACUGGCCCAGAAAGUUUCACCGGCAUCCUUGUCCAGCAACUCCAGCAUGCCAUUGAUAGCCGGCAUAUUCUGUCCACCGCUCAACUCUACAAUCGCAUGGCUACUUUGCAUCUGAUCAGGCCUGGUGGAAUUCCCAAGCUCAACGCAAUGCCCUACUUCCUCCAGAAUUCAGGAGCGACUCGGAUGCCUAUCAUGCUGGCUCCGAAUAUGGCUCAUAAGACAUGGACUCCAGGGCCAGUUGUCCCACUGUUUCGAACUCCAGUCAAUGUGGUCCUUCACGUCCACCUUCGAGAUGCUAACGCUGCAACUUUCGACCAGAUGAAGCAUUGGCUUCUGGUCAACCGCCCCUACAAUGUUCGCAGGGUUGAGAUCAAGUCAGUAUUCCCAUCAUUGUCUAUGAUUUUCAUCAUCAUUGUCACCUUGGACGUGUGGUACUCCCUCCGCAACCACCCCGCUAUCUCAUUCAUUGGCUUUGAGAUCAACACCAACGCAAAUCCGCAGAACAAUCCGGUUCUGCAGGCGACUCAGUCCAAGAAGAUUUUCAACACUGUCUCUGAGAGCUCAUCGGCUGACAACCAGAAGGAGAAUCAACCACUGAAGUAG